AUGACGUUUGAAGUUGUAGGGUCUACUGGCAAUAUCUACAAAACGAGCAUUGGCAACGUCCCUACCUGUGACUGUCCGGAUGUCAGAUUCCGGAAGGUGCAGUGUAAGCACAUCUGCUUUUCGCUAAUAUAUUGCCAAGUCCUACAUGCAAUGAAUGUUGCUCAGGAGCUACGAGAGAUGCUUGCUGCUUUGUCCUUGAAACGAAUCCUGGACAGGACCACCCUUACUACCACCGGCGAAAGGAAGCCUAUCGAGGGCGAAUGCCCAAUUUGUUUUCAUGAUUUCGAGAACAAGGAGAUAACUACGUGGCGUCAGUUAUGCGGCAGCAAUCUACAUGAGACUUGCUUCAAGGUGUGGGAGGCCACUGCGCAUGCAUCCCACGAUAUUGUCCGUUGCCUCUACUGGUAA